ACGCGAAAAAACUAACGCGGUCUGCUAGGAACGCCAUUUUCAGUCCACUCCUUUCGUAAAAACGUGUUGUAAAUUUUGUAGUUUGAAGACGAGUCGAGUUGUUUCAUAGAUCUUAUUUAGCAUUUAAGAACACAGACGACGUAAUCAUGGGAGUCACAGUUGAAACUAUUUCUCCUGGUGAUGAGGCCACAUAUCCUAAGAAGGGUCAGACUGUUGUGGUGCACUACACAGGCACCCUGACAAACGGACAGAAGUUCGAUUCAUCCCGCGACCGCGGAAAGCCCUUCAAAUUCAAGAUUGGCAAGGGAGAAGUCAUCAAAGGAUGGGAUGAGGGUGUCGCUAAGAUGUCAGUGGGUGAACGUGCCAAGCUGACUUGCUCCCCCGACUUUGCUUAUGGCCAGCAAGGCCACCCGGGCGUCAUCCCUCCCAAUUCUACACUCAUCUUUGAUGUUGAACUCAUUCGUCUUGAAUAAACUUAAGCACUCACAUUUUAGUCAGUUAAUAGAUUCUUGCUGGUAACUUAUUUUCUUAUUAACUCAAAUUUACGAUUAUUUAGUCAAUUUUGUGUACUAAACUACUGAUACGGUUAAUGAGUGAGUUAAAUAUAUUGUAAUAAAUAAUUAAACUACUUGUAUGAAUAACUCGAAAGCUUAUUUAAGUAUGACUUGAAAGUUUAUUUUAUAUUCGCUUUAAAGUGUAAGAUUUCUAGACCCAGUGAAUUGAUCGCUCCAUCUUUUCAUUAUAAACAUAUUUGAUAAAUAGCACAAUAUUUGAGAAGAUAUGUUACCAGGUAUAAUUUAAGCAAACCUAUGAAAUAAAUUUACUUCUGCACCAAAGUGCAUUUAAUUGCAUUGUUUCAGCUACAUUCCACAGUGAUGUCAAUUAUUUGUCUGUGGUUUUUCUAUUUUACAUUUUUCUGAAACAUUAAGUUUACUUUUUUACUUGUAAAGAUACCAAAAGCUUGUAACGUUUAAGAAUAAACAUUGUGAAGGAUUGGAA